AUGACAGAGAAAGAAGAGGCGGUUUUCCGUUCUGCCGAAAUGUCUUUGGUUCAAUUAUAUGUUCCAACAGAAGUUUCGAGGGCUAUUGUUUAUGAAAUUGGUCAAUUGAACAUGAUUCAGUUUAGAGACUUGAAUUCGAAGGUGAACGAAUUCCAAAGAUCGUUUGUCAAGGAAUUGAGAAGAUUGGAUGAAAUUGAAAGACAAUACAACUUUUUCAAGAAGGAAUUAGACCAAAGAAACAUUUCCGUCAAGACAUACCCAUAUCUGGGUGAAAUGCAAACUAUUGUGCCACAGAGUGAGAUUGACACCCAUGUUGAGAAUGGUAAGUUGUUGGAAGAUCGUGUUUCUCAGUUGAUCGAUUCCACGGAGUCGUUAUAUCAGAAGCAUAAAGAUUUAAAGCAAUUGAAGUACAGUAUCCAAAGUGUUGACAAUUUCUUUGGAGCGAAUAGCGGUCCGCAGCAAGAUUCAGGGGAUGAUGCAUUGUUAGCUCAACUCGAAUCCGGUGGCAUUUCUGACUUGCGUGAUCCAACAUUUAUUUCUGGUGUCAUCAAGAGGGAUAAAGUUUUUACGUUGCAACAAAUUUUAUGGAGAGUUUUAAGAGGUAACUUGUAUUAUCAUUCAGAAGAAUUAGCGGAACCAAUCUAUGACGUUGAGAGCAAUUCCAACGUUGAUAAGAACACAUUUAUUAUUUUUUCUCACGGGUCUCUUGUUUAUGAACGUAUUAAAAAGAUCUGUGAGUCAUUGGAUGCUGAUUUGUACAAGGUUGAUUCUACAAAUGAAUUGAGAACCGAGCAAUCGAGAGAGGUUGAGUCGAAAUUGACAGAUAUCUCGACGGUUUUGUCCCAGACUGAAAAUGCUUUGAAUUCCGAAUUAAUCGCUAUCUCAAAAGACUUAGCUAAGUGGUGGGAAAUCGUAGCAAGGGAAAAAGCAGUAUAUCAAAUUAUGAACAAAUGUAAUUAUGAUGAUUCCAGAAAAGCGUUGAUUGCUGAAGGCUGGAUUCCAAGUGACGAAGUACAAACUUUAACUUCAAGCAUUAAGUCUUCAGCAGCUUCUCAAUCUAUCCCAACCAUCAUUAAUGUUUUAGAGACUUCAAGAACACCUCCAACUUAUCACAGAACCAACAAAUUUACAGAUGCAUUUCAAAAUAUUUGUGACGCCUAUGGUAUUGCAACAUACCGUGAAGUUAACCCAGGUUUGCCAACUAUUAUUACUUUCCCAUUUAUGUUCGCUAUUAUGUUUGGUGAUUUAGGCCAUGGAAUCAUUUUGACGUUAGCGGCAUGUGCGUUAGUGUACAAUGAAAAGAAAAUAAGUGCAAUGAAAAGAGACGAAAUUUUUGACAUGGCAUUUACAGGCCGUUACAUAUUGUUAUUAAUGGGUCUUUUUUCGAUGUACACUGGAUUCUUGUAUAAUGAUAUCUUUUCCAAAUCCAUGACUCUCUUCAAUUCGGGUUGGGAAUGGCCAGAAAAAUUUGAAAUCGGUCAAUCUGUUGAAGCUAAAAGUACUGGAACAUACAUCAUGGGCUUAGAUCCAACAUGGCACGGAGCUGAAAAUAACUUAUUGUUUACCAAUUCCUAUAAAAUGAAGUUAUCUAUUUUAAUGGGUUAUUUACAUAUGUCAUAUUCAUACUGUUUCUCAUUAACCAACUACGUCCACUUUAAAAGUAUGAUUGACAUCAUAGGAAAUUUUAUUCCUGGUUUGUUAUUUAUGCAAGGUAUUUUUGGUUACUUAUCAUUAUGUAUCGUUUACAAAUGGUCAAUUGAUUGGUUUGCGAUUGAGAAACAACCGCCAGGUUUAUUGAACAUGUUAAUUUCAAUGUUUUUAUCUCCAGGCACAGUCGAUGAGCCUUUGUACGGAGGUCAAUCUACUGUUCAAGUGUUCCUCUUAUUGGUUGCAUUAUUUUGUGUUCCAUGGUUAUUGUUAGUAAAGCCAUUAUAUUAUAAGAGAAAAUUCGCUCAAGAAGCUCAUCAAUAUCAACAAUUACCUAAUGAUGAUAACGAAGAACACGAAGCCGAAAAUAACCAAGAUGAUGAAGAAGAACACGAGGCACACACAUUUGGUGAUAUAAUGAUUCAUCAAGUUAUUCAUACUAUCGAAUUUUGCUUGAAUUGUGUUUCUCAUACUGCGUCAUAUUUGAGAUUAUGGGCAUUAUCCUUAGCACAUGCUCAAUUAUCCACUGUCUUAUGGACUAUGACCAUUGAAGGUGCGUUCGGUAAGACUGGAAUUUUUGGAGUCAUCAUGACAGUUGCAAUGUUUGCCAUGUGGUUUGUUUUAACUGUCGUUAUCUUAGUUAUUAUGGAGGGUACUUCGGCGAUGUUGCACUCCUUAAGAUUGCAUUGGGUUGAGUCCAUGUCUAAGUUCUUUGAAGGUGAAGGUAGUUUAUACGAACCUUUUGGCUUUAGCAACUUGUUAGAAGGUGUUUUUUAA